GGAGAGCAGUCAAGACGGGCGGCUGUGGGAAAAGCUAGAUGUUGCCUGCCCUCUGCUCCCCCAAACCAGCCCCUCUGCUUUUCCCCAGUUCAUAAAAGCCCAGCUCAGCAAGUCAGUAUCUAGCCAAGCAGCUUUCCAACAAACCCUAGACCAUGAGACGAGAAACAGAUCACCUCACUGCAAUCACACGGAUGUGAAAAAGACUACAGAUCACUUUCAGGUUAGCUAGGGAAGGAGGGAUUAAAAACUAGAUUGUAUCUGCAGAACCUAAAAGGGAAAAGGUAGCAGGAAGAAUUUCCACACCCCACAGGACCCCUCAAAGGCCCCUUCUCCCCACCUCUCCCUUGGGAACCUGCCACCCUCUUCGUCCAGGCGUAGGCUGGAGGGCUCCACAUGGCAGGCUGGGAGAAAGAAGCCUACGCUGCUAACAUUCCCAGCAUUCCUGAGCCAUGGUGCCAAAGGCGGCCUGACCAGACUCCCCCUCUGCCUAAACUGAGGGGGCCAGUUCAGACCAAGCUUCCUUUACAGGGGCCACAGAGCCUAGCUGAGAACCUUCUAAGUUAACUUCCUUUCAGAGACAAAGAUAGUGGGUGGCCUCUGGCAACUGGAAGGGCAGCUAGAAUGGGGCACACCUACCCUUAAGGAAUUAGAAAUUUCAUUCAGGAACAAAAUUAACCCCUGAGGUUUCCACACAUGCCAAGGAAACCAUAUCCACCUUCACUGGGGGUGUGAGCUCUGCCAGGGCUCUAACCCUCGAUGCUGAGGGAAAACAAAAUAAAGACGCUCAAGUCUUCACCUAAGCCACACCUAGUCCUCCAGUCUCAACUUUCUGCUUUAGUAAGAAGAAAGGUGGUGGGGUGGGUGGGGUGGGGAUGGAAGAAGGAAAAAGUUGGACUCAUGAGUUUUGGUGGGGUGCCACCCCAUCCCAUCUGAGGCCUGCCUCACCAAACCUUGACCUGGUUUGAUGGAGGAAAGAGAUAGAAAACAGGAACCAGGUAAAAUGAAUUCCGGCCCCAAAGCACUUCACAACUCACAAGCCUCUGUUUCCCCAGACUAAUCCCAUUCACAGUCUGCCUGCCUGGAUAAGGGACUGCCCUCUGGCUCCGUAACCAGUGCUCCAGCUGGGCGAACGCUACCGCAGCAGUUAGCGCCAGCCACUCUAAGGGCUGCACCACGCAGUAUCAGAUCUUCCUGGGUUACCAGAGGCCAACUGUCUUCAAGGGACAUAUGAGGGUGGACUGGGCGGGAGACAUGUAAGCGUCUCCCAGUCCUGCAUGCCUAGGGUGGAACGAUGUUCACUGAGGAGAAAAGGAAUGUUACUGUUUAGAAUGGGACAGCCCUCAAACAUGACCAACCACCAUUACUGGGAAAGGCAACAAACAACCCAGGACAAUCGGAUAUCCACAGGGAACGGGAGGGGAGUGGCAGAUCUGCUACCAGCUGGGGCAAAGGAGAGUUAGAGGUUACACCAGAAUAAAAGGGAAUCCAAAGGAAAGGAAGAAGAGUCAGGGUACUGCAAACUACCACUUGGUGAGAUUCGGAGAGCAAAGAGGGGCUGCACGAGAGACGCGUGGGCAGGGAUCCCACAGGUGGCAACGUCGUAAGUUAAAGGUACUACUGAGAAGGGGGCAUCACCGAAACGUGCAGAGUUCCAGCCAAGUCGUUCCAGCUCAGGAGUCUGGGGUACGGAUACAGAGGAGCGGCUGGUGGAGCAUCUCCUGGAUCCUUCCCGCUACAACAAGCUCAUCCGCCCAGCCACAAAUGGCUCUGAGCUGGUGACAGUCCAGCUUAUGGUCUCACUGGCCCAGCUCAUCAGUGUGCACGAGCGGGAGCAGAUCAUGACCACCAAUGUCUGGCUCACCCAGGAAUGGGAGGAUUAUCGCCUCACUUGGAAGCCUGAGGAGUUUGACAACAUGAAGAAAGUUCGACUCCCUUCCAAACACAUCUGGCUCCCAGAUGUGGUCCUGUACAACAAUGCGGACGGCAUGUAUGAGGUGUCCUUCUAUUCCAACGCCGUGGUCUCCUACGACGGCAGCAUCUUCUGGCUGCCACCGGCCAUCUACAAGAGCGCCUGCAAGAUCGAAGUAAAGCACUUCCCGUUUGACCAGCAGAACUGUACCAUGAAGUUCCGCUCGUGGACCUACGACCGCACGGAGAUCGACCUGGUGCUCAAGAGUGAUGUGGCCAGCCUGGACGACUUCACACCCAGUGGCGAGUGGGACAUCGUGGCGCUGCCCGGCCGGCGCAACGAGAACCCGGAGGACUCCACUUACGUGGACAUCACCUACGACUUCAUCAUCCGCCGCAAGCCGCUGUUCUACACCAUCAACCUCAUCAUCCCCUGUGUGCUCAUCACCUCCCUGGCCAUCCUCGUCUUCUACCUGCCGUCCGACUGCGGCGAGAAGAUGACACUGUGCAUCUCUGUGCUGCUGGCUCUCACCGUCUUCCUGCUGCUCAUCUCCAAGAUCGUGCCGCCCACGUCCCUGGACGUGCCGCUUGUGGGCAAGUACCUCAUGUUCACCAUGGUGCUCGUCACCUUCUCCAUCGUCACCAGUGUGUGCGUGCUCAACGUGCACCACCGCUCGCCCACCACACACACCAUGGCACCCUGGGUCAAGGUCGUCUUCCUGGAGAAGCUGCCCACGCUACUCUUCAUGCAGCAGCCUCGCCGCCACUGCGCCCGCCAACGCCUGCGCCUUCGGAGGCGCCAGCGCGAGCGCGAGGGCCCCAGGACCCUCUUCUUCCGCGAAGCCCCUGGGGCCGACUCCUGCACGUGCUUUGUCAACCGCGCGUCGGUCCAGGGCUUGGCUGAGGCCUUUGGGGCAGAGCCCGCGCCGGCAGCUGUCCCGGGGCGCUUGGGGGGGCCGUGUGGCUGUGGCCUCCAGGAGGCGGUGGACGGUGUGCGCUUCAUCGCGGACCACAUGCGCAGCGAGGACGACGACCAAAGCGUGAGUGAGGACUGGAAGUAUGUUGCCAUGGUGAUCGAUCGCCUAUUCCUUUGGAUCUUUGUCUUCGUCUGUGUCUUUGGCACCAUCGGAAUGUUCCUACAGCCUCUCUUCCAAAACUACACCACGGCCACCUUCCUCCACGCAGACCACUCGGCUCCCAGCUCCAAGUGAGGCCCCCCCGGCUACGUGCUCCUUCGCCCCUUUGUCCUCUGUCGUUCAGUAGUUUCGGGUGGAGGUGGAUGAGCGACCAGGAAAGGGUCGCUGCCCACAAAGAUCCAUUCCUUCACAUCGCCUGGAGCCCCUGCCCCCGCACCGCAGCCCACACGCAGCCAGCUCCAGCUGGGGGCUGGGCGGGCCGCUCUUCUCUUGCACCAGCCCAGGGAGAGUGCUGCUGGUCGAGGACAGAAGCGGAGAAGAAGAGGACGGAGACGUCUGAGACUUCCAGCCUGAGGACAGUGCCAAGGGGAAGGGGCCGAGAAGGGACAGAAUCAUCUGUUGCCUCCCAAUCUUGGGAAGGGACGUGGGGAGGAGGAACAGGGGCUCCGACCCUGUGAUAGGCUGGCUGGACCUGAGGCAGCUCAGAAGGGAGGAGCAAGAGCGGCCUGGACUUGACCUGACACCUGCCCCCGCCCCAGUGGACAGCAGCUGGGCAGAGGGUCCUGCCAAGAGGGUCAGCCUCCUGGAGGGAAGCUUCCAGCCCAGCCCCACAGCCCCUUGCUCCUGAGGGGUCCAGAGCCCAGCCCCAGUUCCCCUUCUCCAGUGACGAAUUCUCACACCCCCUGGGUUUUUCUUCCUUUCCUGCCUGGCCCGGGUGUGGUGGGCAAGGCUGGGCAUUGGGGAGCCUCUGAGUUUUGAGUCUUUGCAUGACCUGCUUGGAGCCUGAGGUCAUGUCCACAGGCUGUUUUUCAUCCCAGCUGAACUGACCGUUUGUUUGUAGUAAAUGAAGGGAGGAUGUUAGCUGUAAGCAGACCCGGCCUUUUUGCCCGAAGCGGAGCCGGCUGCAGAGCGAGUGGCCACAUCAGCGCUGCUCCUGCUCCGCCCUUCCCUUCAGGGCUCCAUCCUUUCUGCUUGUGCCCACCCACUGCCACCCCCCCACCAACCCAAACCUGAGCAAGGCUGCAGUGGGACGGGGCUGCUGCUGCCAGCAGCGCCCCUGAAAGCAUCCUGUCCUGCGAGUCCCCGGAGGCCGUAUUCUGACACUGCUCCCAGGGGACAGCUGGAGGCCACCUGGCCUGUUAGCAUAGGAAAGAGACCUGUUAUGAGAUCUUCUGUCCCUGUCCCUGCUACAUGACGGGCUCUGAUUUAUGGUCCCAGCCUGUGCUCAGUGCUGGGCCAGCAGGUGGCCAGUC